AUGGAUCUGGAUGCUAUCGACGAGGAUCACGCUGCGGCGUUCGCAGCUGCCGCUGCCGCUGCCGCAGCUGCCAACGACGACGACGACCUGGCUGUCGGCGUCCGAGUCAGCAUUCUGUCGACUCCUGACCGCCCCAAGAGGCCCAUCACCAACUCGCCCGCCACCACCCCAGCCCCCAGCUACUUCAGCUACCAGAGCGACUACCAGAACGACUAUCGCCAUGCCUACCACGACGACAACGAGGCUGUCCAGGAACCCGACGCCCCGGGACUGCGGACGCCUUCGCUGCUCUCCAGUCCCAGCGUCGCCUCUAGCCUGGGCUUCUCUACUGGUCGCAUGAGCCCGCUCAGGAGGGAAGUCUCAAGGGCCUCAUCAUCUUUUCACAGCCACAGCCGCGGGCCUAGCGAUGCCUCACCCAUUGCGCGCCGGAUAUCUCGUCCUGCCCGCCGUAACCGCGAUGCGCUUGCCAGGAGAUUGAGCCAGCUCGCCCAUGAGCUCACCACCGGCGACGAGGACAACGUGGAUGACGACGGCGUCGACAUCCUCACCGCUCAAAUGGAUCACCUCGAGGGAGCAGUCAUGAGGAAGCCAAAACCCUUCUCAUCACCAUCCACGCCCUCACCACUCACUACUCCGCAGCGCCCUAUGAGCCUUGACAUGGUCAGUCCCGGCGAGUCCAUCUUCAGCUCUCCGGGGUCGUCCGUUUUCCGCACCCGCUUCUCGGACCUAUCGGCGUCCAUCCGGAGGGAUCGCGUCCCGGAGCCGGAGCUGGAGCCGGAGCCGCCAGUCAAGAAGGGCAUGUCGGCUGUCCAGGCCAAGAAGGUCAUCGCCGAGGCUAUGAAGCUCAAUGAGGAACUUUCUCAGCUCGUCGCCAACCUGCAGGCUCGUCAGGAGGAGUCUGAUCACAUCCAUUCUCUGCUUGUCGAGCGUGCUGAGCGUGCUGCCCAACGCAUCCUCUUCCUUCAGAGUCGCAUCUCUCAUCUCGAGCAAGAGCUUCACGAAAACGACGAUGAGCUCCAACAUCUCCGCAUCUGCCUCAAGGCCGUUGAGAUCCAGAUGCCACCCCACCCUGACAAGGAGCUCCAACGGUGCAUCUCCUCGUUCAAGCAAGACUACCAGGUUCUCAAGCGCAAACGCGCCAGCCGCUCCAGCUUUCCCACCAUCUCCAGUGUCGGCUCAACCUAUCCCGGCUCUCCAUACCCUGGUUCCCCGUCCAGAUGA